AUGUUCCACCAAUUGGGUAUAAUACAGGAUGACAAAAACUCAUUACGCUUUCUGUGGAGCGAUACUGCGGAUGGGCCGGUCCAAAUCUACCUGAUGGACGUUGCGACGUUCGGUGCUACGUGCUCACCUGCUUCGGCGCAGUACGUCAAAAACGUGAAUGCCCAGGAACACAUCAUGCAAUACCCAAGAGCUGUCGAAGGAAUUUUAAAGAGCCACUAUGUCGACGAUUACCUCGACAGUUUCGGCACCGAAACGCAAGCGGUGAAGGUUUCGGCAGAAGUACGGCUGAUUCAUCACAACGGAGGAUUCCAUCUACGAAACUGGAGAUCAAACAGUGAAAGGGUCCUAACGGAACUCGGAGAACCAGCGGUAAUAGACAGCAAGAACCUUAACCUAGAUUGCGGCGAACAAGUGGAUCGCGUGCUUGGAAUGCUGUGGACCUCAAGCUCUGACGAAUUGAGCUUCUCCACCCGUAUGAGCGAUGAAGUUACGAACCUUCUGCACCAUGACACCCGGCCGACGAAACGUCAGGUACUACGGUGCGUAAUGUCGUUGUUCGAUCCCCUGGGAUUACUUGCGCCGUUUAUAAUCCAUGGAAAGGUGCUUAUCCAAGAAUUGUGGCGAGCUGGAACGCAGUGGGAUGAAACAGUAAGCGAUGAAGUGUUCGAAAACUGGAACCGCUGGACAAGGAUGAUAGAGUUCAUUUCAACAUUGAGAAUACCCAGAUGUUAUUUUCCCCGAGCCACAGAAGACACGUAUGAGGAUGCUCAGCUUCACGUAUUUGUCGAUGCAAGUGAGAUUGCUUAUUCGUGUGCAGCUUAUAUCCGAACGACCGUAGGCGACUGUGUGUUAGUUUCCGGAAAAUCCAAGGUAGCUCCGCUAAAACCGAUGUCCAUCCCGAGGCUCGAGCUGCAAGCAUGCGUCCUUGGGGCGCGUCUUCUUAAAUUCGUGCAAGACAAUCAUCCGGUUGUGUUCUCCAAGAGAUUCCUUUGGACAGACUCUUCGACAGCAAGAUCUUGGAUACGGUCGGACCCGCGACGCUACAAACCCUUCGUAGCUCAUCGGGUAGGCGAGAUAUUGGAGAUCACGGAUGUCAGUGAAUGGCGGUGGGUACCGUCCAAACUUAACCCUGCAGAUGAAGCUACCAAGUGGGGCCGAGGACCUUAUUUCCACUCAGAUAGCCAAUGGUUUAACGGGCCGGAUUUCCUGCGACUUCCCGAGGAGAAAUGGCCGCAAAUGACUGGAACGGUGGAGGUGACAACCGAAGAUGCUAGACCUUCGGUGUUGUUUCAUUUCGCGAUGGAACCAGUGCUGGAUUUCGAACGAUUUUCGACCUGGAAGAGGAUGUUACGCACUACGGCUUACGUUCUACGUUUCUUCUUCAACAUCUCUAAACCGGAACAGAAGCGGUGCGGAUCCCUUACACAAGCUGAACUGCUCGACGCUGAACGGACGAUAAUGAAGCUGGUCCAACGAGAAAGCUAUCCAGACGAAACGGCGGUUCUUGAACAGGGAGAUUCUCAACAAAAAGGUCAUGGGUCCAUUGAUCGAAACAGCAAGCUGUACCAAUUAAUGCCCGCAGUAGAUGAAAAUGGUUUGCUGAGGCAACAAAGUCGUGUAGCUGCGGCAAAAGAAUUAGAAUUCGAUGCCCGGUUUCCAUUCAUCCUGCCACCAAAGCACCGAGCAGUGAGACUUCUGGUGGAAGAUUAUCAUCGUCGCUAUCGACAUGCGAACAACGAAACCGUCGUUAACGAACUGCGCCAGCGCUUUACCAUCUCGAGUCUACGUCAGCUUGUUAAGUCAGUGGUCUAUAAGUGUCAGCUGUGCAAGAUCCGCAAGGCACGUCCCAGCAAUCCACCGAUGGCGGCACUUCCUCCAGCCCGCCUAGCGAUGCAUUACCGUCCGUUCACCUACGUAGGCCUGGAUUAUUUUGGCCCGUUCCUGACGAAAGUUGGAAGAUCGAACGUGAAGAGAUGGAUCGCCCUCUUUACGUGUCUCACCGUUCGGGCUGUUCAUCUUGAAGUUGCCUAUAGUCUGUCAACGGCUUCCUGUAUCUCCUGCGUACGACGAUUCGUCGGUCGUCGAGGGUCGCCAAUGGAAAUUUUUAGCGACAACGGUACGAACUUCCAAGGUGCGGAACGUAUACUUCGUGAGCAGAUCGACAAAGAGUUGUCUGUGACAUUCACCAGCACAACGACGAAGUGGAGUUUCAUACCUCCCGGGGCUCCACACAUGGGGGGCGCUUGGGAAAGGUUGGUACGGUCUGUCAAGUCGGCUAUGAAGGAUGCAUACAUGGAGGGGAAAUUAAACGAUGAAGAACUUUUAACGCUGGUUGUAGAAGCGGAGAGAACGGUUAAUUCGAGGCCUCUGACAUACUUACCCCUUGACUCCGAGGAGUCAGAAGCUUUAACACCCAAUCACUUCCUUUUGGGAAAUUCUAGUGGAGCGAAGCAGACUGGUGUGGGGAUUAGCGAAUCCCAAAAUAAUUUGCGGGAAACCUGGGGUGGAAUUCAACGGCAACUGGACAAGUUCUGGCAGCGUUUUCUGAUCGAAUAUCUACCGGUCAUCCGUAGGCAACCAAAAUGGUUCGCCGAAACCAAACCUUUGCAGGUCGGCGAUCUAGUGCUGGUUGCAGACGGAGGAAAGCGCAACGAAUGGGCCCGAGGCAAAGUGACCCAGGUCUUCCAAGGCUGUGACGGCAAGAUUCGACAAGCCUUAGUGCGAACGCAACAGGGAAUCUUCAGGCGGCCGACAUCAAAACUCGCCGUGCUCGACGUGGAUGCUCGUGCUGUCCCAGGAGACGGUGGGAAGCACCGGGGGAGGAUGUUGACAACGGUACCGUCGAGCUGGCCACCCUGUCUCUACCGGUUCCACCGCUUGAACGAUAAACUGUCAGCUGCGAUGUUGUGA